AACAUCAACUGUGAGCGCUUGCUGGCGAAAUAUGAAGCUGAAUUAGCGGACAAAAAAAAAUCGAAGCUCGGCGAACUAAAAACUGCAAAAAUUGAAAAUGACAGGCGCAACAAGAAAAAAAACAAUAACGUUGUCCAUAUGAGCAGCGAUGAAAGCGCUGGUGAGGCUCCAACCCAGUUAUCCUCAAAAUAUGAAGCUGAAUUAGCGGGCAAAAAGAAAUCGAAGCCCGGCGAACAAAAAACUGCAAAAAUUGAAAAUGGCAGGCGCAACAAGAAAAAAAACAAUAACGUUGUCCAUAUGAGCAGCGAUGAAAGCGCUGGUGAGGCUUCAACCCAGUUAUCCCUAAAAAUUAACAAAGAAAAUAAAGGACUGGCCGCUAACAAAGAUAGUGCACCUCAACAUCGUGCCAAGAAAGCGGUUAAACCCUCGACGUUGGCAGAGGAGAGUUGUAAUAACACAACUUCAACCAACAGCCAGUUGAAGAAAGGUGGUUCGAAGAAAAAGCAUUAUGUCGCAACCAAAGAAACUUAUGCUGGAAGCAAUAAUGAUGCCAAUGACGACAUUGGUCCAACAACUUGUAAAUCUCAACAACCAAAGCGAGGUGCGGUUUUGGACGAAGCUACUGCCGAAAGAAAGAGCAAAAUUCUAGGCAUCAGGCGUCGCCGUCAGACUAUCUGUGAUCCAUUGAUUUUAAGUGAAGUGCCAACUCCAAGGCGCCAACGAUUAAUGAGUGUAGAGGCUCCUAUUAUUCAUGAAAAAAAUCGUAAUAAGCUACCACAGCAAAAACGUAAUGCUAGCGCUGAGAACACGCCGUUCCAAGGCUUGCCCCACAAUGGAGUAAAGCGUCUGAUGCCUAAAAAGCAGGCUCCGGCAGAGAGCAACGAUGGUACCGUUUGCACUGACAAAGACGAAGACGAGUCAAAAAAAAGUGGUGCUGAGCGCGCAAAGAAAAAUAAAAAGGAUAAACUAAAUAAAUUUGGCGACGGUAAAGCUACUACAUGUGGCAAGCAAUUAAAUUUAGACAAGCCACUGAUUCCGUCGUCUAAAACAUCAACUUCCAAGAAGAAGCACCACGGCGGAAUCGGUUGUGGCGAUUACUCAACAACCGCAAAACCUCAACAACAAAAAGGAGAUUCCGAUUGCAAUGAAGCAAAAAAUUCAAGGCCUCUUCAAGGCCUCAAACGUCGUCGGAAGACUUUGUGUAAUACAGACGAUUUAAGUGAAAUGCGGACGUCGCACAGACAAAGUUUAAUUAGCGUAGAUGCUUCUGUGGAGCAAGGUACCAACCUUUACGAACCGCAGGGCCCAAACGAAGCUGGUGGUUAUUUAACAGCAGCUACGAAUUGGGACGAAGCUGCAGCCGAGCUGAUUCCGCCGACUAAAGCAUCGACUAUGAAGAAGAAGAAGCUCCAUGUCGGCUCCACACAAACUUAUGAUGGAAUUGAUUGUGGCGAUUACCCAACAACCUCAAAAUCUCAACAAAAAGGAGCCUCCGAUUGGGAUCUAUAAGGCAUCAAACGCCGCCGCAACACUUCGUCUAAUUCGAACAAUUCAAAUGAAAUGCCGAAGACGCGCAGCCAACACGUUAAAAAAAAACUCAUUAACAUAACAUAUUACACAUUUAAAAAAACGUUAUAACAUGUUAUAAA